AUGAUGUCCACGCCGUCAUCCUCCGUGCGUCUUCCCCCGACCUCCCCGCAGGUCACUGCGUCGGUAGUGAAGUUUCGCUGCCUGUACACUCAUGACCUACGCCGCAAGUCCAAACGAUGGCACGAUGGUUACCUACGUUUUCAUAAAUUCAAUAAACGUGUCAUGGUCUACGAUGACCAAGGGAAUUUUAUUGGCGACCACCACUGGCGAUCCCCUGAUGAUGUACAAGACGGCGACGAAAUGGAGCUGGACAAAGGAGUCCUGAUUGAGGUGACCGAGAACAUGGGCACCACGGAGACGGACAUCACAACCCUAUACGAAAAGAAGAAAUCCAGCCAGGGUUCCCCACAGGCCAGAGAACCGGUGUCCCAAGUUCCCCGCUCCUCCACCUCAGUCUCCGCCUCCGUCUCAGCACCUCUUCGUUCCUCCCAGUCAUUUCGCUCACUUAACGAUUUGCUGGGUAUCAAAAGGACUCCAAUUGGCCAUUUGGUGUCUCCAUAUGAGCAGAGGAAUCCUCCACGCCAGGCCUCCAGCAUCCAGGAGCCAGAGCGAGCGCUGAAGCGACAAAGGACAUCCUCGGUGGUGAACCCCUCGCGUACCCAGGCCGAGGUCAUUGAUUUGACCAAUUCGACGGAUUCGCCCCAGGGACCCUCCACGAGGCAAAGGUCAAAUCAAGUCACAAAAGAACCACCCAGAGCCGGGGGUGAUUCUGCGGCUGACGUACUCGUAACAAAUUGUGAGCAGAGGUCGACACUUAAGUCAACACAGGUCCGCCCACAAAGACCCAGCCCCCCUUCAUUAUCAAGAGUCUCCGAUUUAGCUACAUCUGAGCCAACCUUCAGCCUACCAACACCGGAGGUAGUUCGUACAGCCAGCAACAGCCAGCCUGUAAGGCCCCUGGCCAAUAAAUCGAAAAAUGGGCCGCCGCAUAUUCAGCCACCAAAACCCUCCAUCCCCUCAUCGACAGAUUCAAUUCCAGCUGUAACCCCAGAAACAGAGAUAUCCAGGCCUCGGGGGCAUUUGCGCGUGGAGCAGCCAUCAGUCAACCGUGAGAACCAGUCAAGAGCUGUGUCACGUCCCAUCCCACCACAAAGGUCUGACCCUCCGACGAGGACUACUGGAGGAUCUACACCACAGGCUCCAGUGCGGGCAGUCACAAAUUAUGUGAAACCUAUCGAGCCCGCAGACAACCAAGCUUCGAUCAACGUUCCACCUUCAGCCAAUAUUCCACCUUCAACUGACAUGCCACCUCCAUCGCGUCCAUCUUCUGCACUGGGCUCUGGUGCACCUACGGCGGCUCUACGCAUGGGAACCGGAAAGCCACGCAGAAAGCUAAUGUACAGUGCUUUGCUACCCAGUGCUUCACGAACUCCAUCGUCGGCGACCUCAGAUACACCGCCUGGUAGUGCAACCCGUGAAACUGUCAUAAAUAUCCCGGAGAAACAGCUGGCUGCCGCUCCAGAUGAUUCCGCAAAUGAAGAAUUUGUGCCUUCAACCUCAACACAAUUUAUUUUCGACGAAAUGAUAGAUGGAUCAGGGUUUAAAUCGCCCUCCACGAUCAAAAGGUUAACUGGGAAAAGAUCACUCGAUUCGCCACUGCGCAAAUCGAUAUCGGAUCCGACUACCUUGACGGCCCGCCAGGUCCCGGCAGGAGGGUCACUCGAUGCAGCCAACAAGGAAAAUGAGCCCAAAGAGCAAGGCCCCUGGACAUCCGAGGCAUUAGACUUAUUUGACUUCUGGCCUGCUGGACGGCCAAAGCCAAACGAGUGA